AUGUCAAGUAAAGAAUAUCAGAUUUUAAAAAUCGUCAAAACACUAGAUGAAGCUGAUGUUAUUCUAAAGGAGCAUAAUGUAUCAAAAUAUCGAACGUCUGAUUUAUCGAGCUCUACUAAAUAUUCUUAUCGAUGCAGCAAUUAUCGAAAAUAUCCAUUAUGCAAAAUCGAAAUACAAGUUUAUGUUGAUAACAAUUACCUAACAGAAAUAAAAUUAAUGUAUAAAAAUGUACAUUGCCAUGAACAGCGUAAUACAACAACUCGUGCACCAUCACCUGUACGUGAAUUAGUUUCAAACUUCGUUCAAUGCAAUCUUACGGAAGUUCAAAUUAAAAAUUUAUUAUUUGUGAACGAUCCAACAGCUUCAAUGUCAACUAAUCAAUUAUCGAAUUUAAUUAACUAUGCUCGACGAAAAAAUAAUCCUGAAAUAUUUUCGGUUUAUGAUUUUAAUCAAUAG